AUGAAACAGCCCAAACCUUCAUACAUGCUUCACAAACGGAUUGUUACUGGAGAGCCGGAGCGUGCUCUCCUCCAUCAUCGAAAGAAUACUUGGCAUUUCGUGGGGACUGUGCGUUCGGGUGACAAUGGCAGCCACACGAGGGACUGGAGAAGAGUCCGGGAGCCCGACAAUUCCUGGCCGGAUUUCCCGGCGGAUUUCAUCGACAGAUUUCCUGCUGGUGGCCAACUCCGUUUUGCUUUCACAGUAGCGCACCACAAGAGACACCUUCAGAUAAAUAGCGUUGGCGUACUGCGGCAAGAACGCAAGCCGUCCCAAUGGCUGGAUGAUUUGGCUGUAAUUUCUGCGGAGCCAAGUGACAAAGUCGCUCGAGCCAUACUGGCACAAGUGCACAAUGACCGUCAAGCACUUCAACACCACAAGCUCGUUUUUCGACUCCAGACUGAGCGGCUGGUUAUGGAAAGACAGCGCCCUCUUUGGCGGCACAGGGUGGCGCCGGACGGAUUUGGUCGAGUACAGGCGUCUCGGGUUAUUUGCAGCCGCUAG